UAUCAUUUUCAAUUUUUUUUCCCCCCAAAUUAUUGUUAUUGCACUAAAAUGCUGGUAUAUUUGGCCAGAUGCGAUGUUUGUGAAAUACAAUUAUAGGCCUACAUGUAGUAAUAAUAUUUACAACCCGCCUGGUGAUAUUACAUCAUCUCCGGGAACAAUGGAGCAGGCAAUCCUCGGUCUCCUACUGCCGACAUGGUAUUGUCGGGAUUGGUUUCGAGCCAACCGGGAGGCUGAAAGGACCCGUUAACUCGGUUGGGGACUGGCUGCUGUCUGCGAGUGCGUGUGAGUGUGUGCUCAGCGUAGUAGACUAAAUGCGGCCCUUGAUGUCAAACCUGGCUUUUCGCUUGCUAGGAAUGAGAGGACGUUGAAAAUACACCGCACCGCAGGCUGGGUCGUUUUCAUGCUCAGGAAUCCUUCAACGGGACAUGUGCUUCCCCUCAGAAAUAACCCUCUAGCUUUUGCGUUGACUUCUUUCUUGAUUUCUAUGCGAAUUCUCGUGUCGCUGCAUUCGCUGAGUCCAUGAGCCUGCUAAGUGGCUACAAGAAAAAGACCAGUUACGAUGGAUAUGAAUCUUUGCAGUUGGUCGACAGCAGCGGAGACUUCAGUAGCGGAGGACGAGGCGGAGGACCGUUCGGCGGUGGCUUGACGGCGGCGGUUACCCUCGGCACCAAGGCAGGCCCCGCGCGACUGGACGAAUACAGCACCAUGGACAGUUCAGAUAUGGAUGCCAACUAUGGGGGUGGGCUCCUGGAUAUGGUGAAGGGAGGAGCUGGAAAGUUCUUCAGCAACUUCAAGGACAACCUGAAGGACACCAUCAAGGACACCUCCAGCAAGGUCAUGCACCAGGUGGCCACGUACACCAAAGGGGAGCUGGACAUAGCCUACAUCACUUCACGAAUCAUAGUGAUGUCAUACCCAUCCUCGUCUGUGGAGAUGGGCUAUGCCAACCACGUAGAGGACAUGCGCUCCUUCCUGGACUCCCGGCACGCCGACCACUACACCGUCUUCAACCUGUCGCCAAGGAACUACAGAGGAGCCAAAUUCUCCAACAGGGUGUCUGAAUGCAACUGGCCUUCCAAACAAGCCCCUAGUCUCCACAACCUAUUUGCAGUCUGUAAGAACAUGCACAACUGGCUCAAACAGAACCCCAAGAAUGUGUGUGUCAUUACCUGCUCGGAUGGCCGAGCUCCGUCAGGUGUGCUGGUGUGUGCCAUGUUCUGUUUCUGCCACCUCUUCGCCAACCCCGUGCCCGCCAUGCAGCUGCUCAGCGCCAAGAGACCCGGCUCUGGCCUCUGGCCCUCCCACAGAAGGUACAUUGGCUACGUGUGCAGCAUGGUUUCGGAGAAGCCCAUCAUCCCCCACUUCAAGCCCCUGACCAUCAAGGCGGUGACGGUCAGCCCGGUCCCCUGCUUCAACAAGCAGCGCAGCGGCUGCAGACCCUUCUGCGACAUCCUCCUGGGAGAGACCAAGAUCUUCUCCACAGCACAAGAGUACGAGAGGAUGAGAGAGUAUCGGGUCCAGGAUGCUAAAGUGGUGUUCAACCUGGGACUCAGUGUACAGGGUGAUGUUGUGAUCUCUGUGUAUCACAUGAGAUCCACCAUUGGAGGUCGACUUCAAGCAAAGGUGUCCAACACACAGAUAUUCCAGAUUCAGUUCCAUACUGGCUUCAUUGCCCCUGGGACAACACUCCUCAAGUUCAUGAAGCCUGAGCUGGACACGUGUGAGUCUCCAGACAAGUACCCUCAGCUGUUCCAGGUGAUGGUGGACGUGGAGGUGGAGGGCACAGAGAAGCAGAAGGACCUCACGCCCCCCUGGGAGCAGUUCCCCACGCGCGACCUCACGCCCAACGUCCUCUUCACCACACAGCAGGAGCACCAGCAGGCCCUGGCCAUCGCAGACCCCAGUCACGGAGGAGGUCCCGAGGGCCGACGGGGUCCACACGAGGAAAGCGAACCGUCGGACGACGAGAUGCUGUCUCUGUCCAGCCAGCAGAGCAACGCCAGCAACGAGAGACCCGGCGGGACACAAGCCGGAGCCUCCCGUGAGCCCCCCAAGAGGCCGGACGCACCCCCCACGGCUGCCGCACCUCCUCCCCCUGCGGAGGAUGUGGAUCUCCUGGGGCUGGAUGGUGAAGCGGUGGAGCCCCCCUGCGCCUCCCCGCAGCCCCCUGCUGCCGCCGCUGCCAACACCCAGGACCUGCUGGGGGACCUGUUUGGAGGCCCUCCCCCGGUCGCCCCAGUCACCCCGGCCGCCAGCGCCCCGGCCUCGGCCCAGUCCACCCCCCGCCACACUGUCCUCUCACCCUCACCCAGCGCCACCGGACAGCCAACUGCCUCCUUCGCCCAGUUCGGAUCGGGACCACCUCCCCAGGCCAAGCCCCAGGACUUUAUGGGUGCGUUCUUGGGUCCAGGUAAUAUGGGGCAGCCGGACCCCUUCCUGCAUGCCGCACGCUCGCCAUCUCCAACUAUGCAGAGCGCACAGGGCAUGGGUCGGAGUUCACCAGGGCCACCCACUACGCCCACGGUCAACAUCCAGCAGCAGAACGCCAUGGGCGGCUGGGACUGGAACCGAUCGGCUGGACCAGGUGGAGGCUUUGGCAUGGGCAGCAGGUCUGCUACCACCAGUCCCACUGGCUCUGUCCACAGCACACCCACCCACCAGGCCAAGCCCAACACCCUGGACCCCUUCGCUGAUCUGGGGAACCUUGGCUCCAGUUUAGGAGGAGGCUCUGGCUUCUCCAGCAAGCCCACCACCCCCACAGGCAGCGGAGGAGGAUUCCCCCCCAUGGGCUCUCCCUCGCGACCCUCUCCCCAGCACACAGGCGGUGGAGCCUGGCAGCCCAACACUGGCUUCCCCUCCUGGCAGCCUGGAGGUGGAGGAGGUGGAGCAGGAGGUGGUGGAGGAGCAGGAGCAGCAGGAGGAGGUGGAGGCCAAUGGCAGGGACAGCCUCCGUCCCAGCCCAAACCCCCAGGCCCCUCCAUGCCCCACUCGCCCCAGAACCGGCCCAACUACAACAUCAACUUUUCCGGCAUGGGCGGCACCUCCCCUGGGGCCUCCAGCAAACCACAGCAGGCCAACACGGGCCAGGCAUACGGGACCAAACCGAAAAUGGCGGAGGCCAACUUUGAUGACCUGCUGUCUGGCCAGGGCUUCUCUGGUGCAAAGGAGAAGAAAGGGCCAAGGACCAUCGCAGAGAUGAGGAAGGAGGAGAUGGCCAAAGAGAUAGACCCUGAGAAACUAAAGAUUCUGGAGUGGAUCGAGGGGAAGGAGCGCAACAUCCGGGCGCUGCUGUCCACUAUGCAUACGGUGCUGUGGGAGGGCGAGACGCGCUGGAAGCAAGUGGGCAUGGCCGACCUCGUCACCCCCGAGCAGGUCAAGAAGGUCUACCGCAAGGCCGUCUUGGUCGUCCACCCUGACAAGGCAACCGGGCAACCCUAUGAACAAUACGCCAAGAUGAUUUUUAUGGAACUGAACGAUGCAUGGUCAGAGUUUGAAAGCCAAGGACAGAAGCCUUUGUACUGAGAUGCUGCUGCUGGAACAGAGGGGGACAAAUUCACCUUCCUUCUGCCUCCAUCCUGCAACAUAGGAAAGGAUCAUCAAUGUAUCCCACCCCUAAACCCCACCAUCCCCCUUCAUGCCCUGCGCCUUACCCCCCCUGACCACCUCAUCCUCCUGCCCCUAUUACUCUUCAGUCCUGCCCGGUCAUUCGUGUCCACCAAGUCAUCAUGGGGGACAAAACUGCUGCUCUGUGGGGGCCUCAGUCUUCAAUCCCAAUACCUGCUGUUGAGUCAUUUGUGGAGGCCUCAGUCUUCAAUUUGUCUCUGUGUGUAGCCCGUCCACAUAAAAAACACUGGUUCCAACACUGUCUUGCCAGAACUUGUGUUAUGUUUCUGCCGUCCACAGAAAAUGAGGCUGUAAGGUCUGAGGAUUGUUCUCAACAGGACAUCAUGCCACACAGAACAAAGCACUCACUCAUCUGAGAAGGGACAUACCUCCUCACAUAUGCACUGGUCCGUCGAAAAAUCUACUGUAUAUUCAUUCUGGAGAGCAAUGUGUGUGUACGUACUGUAUGUAUGUUUGAGUGUGUGUGUGUGUGUGUGUGUGUACGUAUGUGUGCAUGUGUGUAUAUGUACACUAUAUACAUACAUACAUAUGUAAUAUAUGUCUACUUAUACCUGUGAAAACAAACAUCCAAUACCUAAAUACUACGUGCAGGAAACUCUAACACAGUAUUUCUAACAAACUCUGAAAGUUUUCGUCUGUGUUGGAAUAAUAGCAGUGGAAAUUGGUGUUCAGAAAAGCUCCUGGGAAAAAGUAGAUCAUAACAACCAUUUAAAUGAUGUUAGAUAAGUAAUUGUGUGCGAUCAAUAAUGUUAUCAAUGUGUAACACCCUCACAGUGAUAUUUUCUGAGAGGUAACAGUACUGUACAUUUUUCCAAGGAACAAAAAAAGCACUGAAGUUAAAAUAAGUGGUUUCUGAGGAGUACAGGUCAUUAUCUUCUCAACUGCAUGUCAGUAGAACUUCUUGACUUCUAUUUCCUGGUUCAGCGAGUAAAACAUGAGAUUGUCAUCUGAAACACACUUUAGAGUGUGUGUUGUUUUGACAGAAUGUAAAAAUGAACGACUGGUGAUUUUAGGUCACACAAGUGCUGUGAGAGGAGAAGAUGAUCUUCCACUGGUAACUACGGACAUAAUGUUAAGAAGAUAAUGGCUUAUGUUUACUGUCUGGUCCAAGGUUGAAACAUAUUUCUCUCUAGAGGGUAAGAAGAAUAGAUAAGCAAUGAAGAAAAAAAUGUUGAGCUUGCUGUGAUCUACGUACAGUCUGGCAAGAGAGCAAUAUAUAUUAAGUCCUUCUGGCAGAUCAAUUUACAACCAGUAUACAUGUGCCCCUGUCUCUGAACACAAGACAUCUGCAAAAAGCACAACACGUUCUCUAAUAGGUAAUGGAAGAAUACUGUAACGGAUGGUAAAACUGAAUUCUUAGUAUGUGGAGGCUACAUGUAUGACUGCCUGCCUUGUUGAUACUAUACCGCUCCUAAUACCGGUACUCCACUCCUCAACACUACACAUUUCACAGCAUCUCACAAAAAAUAUUUAUUUUCACCCAUAUCUGAACACAUAUCUGUGGAUACAACUACCAUAGUACACAAUAUGGCCUACUGUGGCGUUGACCAUGUUUACACACAGAGAUACUGUACACAUGAACAUGUAGCGCUGAAGAAUGUAUGAAAGGUGUCCAUGGAAACGAAUUUACCCAUAGUGACUAGUUUGUCAAUAAUGACAUUAAGGUCAGAGGAAGUGGAGACCUUUACUCAACUGAGUUCUGAAUAAGAGUCUUAACCAAUCGUUGUUGUCGAAUGCUUCUGUUUACGUUUUACAGACUAAAGUAAUGGCUCAAUGGUGUAGCAACAAGAGUAAUACUUGGAGAGACAUUCUACUUAAAAUUAUAGUUUUCUGUCUUUUUUUUUCAAUUUGUUCUUGCUGACAUGAACACCUGGGACUGCCGUAACAUACAGUACAUGCACUAAACUGAAGGUUAUCCAGUAUGUCUGUGCUGUGUCAGAAUGAAAGCAGAUUUUGUUUUGGCUCAUGCCUACACUGCAAGCCAGUUAGACCUAAAAAGGUAAGUUGCCCUGCUGCCUGAAGUUUGUAAGUGAAGUCAAGUUGAGUUAACUUACGAAAUUCAGCAGGGCAAGCAGGCCAACUUUCUUUUUUCACGUUUAACUGGCUGCAAUGUUUUACAGCGUAUUUCACUCUAAAUGGGCAAAUGUCAACAUGCUUAUUGUCAACGUGGAUUACAAUGCUUGUUUGUCAGUAGACACAAUGUUUACCCAUACUGCACAGUUCUUCAAGCAUCCUACCCUCAUAUCACCUGUCACACUACAAAUGGAAGCGUGCCUAGAAAUGGAGCUAACCUUUCAUACCAUACCAGGACUACUCAUCCACCCAUGAGAAGGGAAUUGGGCCGGUUACCUUCCUCUUAACGUCUCCAAGCUUUGUGCAAGAAGGUUUUGACUUGCCUCAGAGGUGAACAGUACUGUAUGGACUCGGUACAUGCAGUAUUUGGGGCUAACAGCAACAUUUAAAAAAAAAACCACAAAGACCAAAACCAACUUAAGCUGCCAGUAUUUGCUGCUGGGCCACGUGAAAUGCAAGAGUGGAUUACCGUCCGUGAUGUCUACUUUUGAUUUGUCCUCCUCCAGCUGUGUGUCUGCUACACUGGGGUGAUUCCCCUCUUACUUACAGUCCUCUCUCUGCUAACUCCAAACAUCUCGGCCAUCUUUCUUUCUUCCUGACCUGACCUCUCUCCUUCCCCUACAUCUGUAUCCACAGUCUCUUCUCCCUUCUCUGUGCACCAGACUGGGUUGUAAGACAGGGCUGCUGACAGCUUUGGCUGGGCCCGGAGCAAAAGUCAUCUGAAGGACCCACUCACCCAAUACAUGCAAUAUGGUGAGGACUUGAAUCUUAAACCCCACCCUCCAUGGACCCGGGACAACUGACCCCUUAGUCCCCCUUUGUCAGCCUGGCCAGUGGCCACAGAAUUAACGUGCACUGUCUUAAGACUUGAAGAAAUUGUUGCCCUGUACAUCCAUCCCAUUAGCGUGACUCUGCCCCAUCCUCCAUGUUUAUCCCAUCACCCCUCACCUGCCCAUCCAAUCCAGCAGUCUCCCUCUGCCUCUUCCUAUGAGCUAAUCUAUCUCUGGUCUUAAGGAUAUCACAAAAUGUUUAAAAUACCAAGCUAAACUUCUGUGUAGUGGAUGUGUGAUGUUGACAAAACUGUCGUCUGUGUGUGAGAAAAGUAGUAAGGUUUGAAUACAGCUUUGUGUAUUAUUGCCUGUCCGCUGUUCAAGCAUUACUAAAAAAAAAAAACGGUGGAGUUUUUGUUCUCUGUGUUUUUCGCCCCUCUGUUUCUUCUUGUUUUUUUCUUUUUUUGCCAGCUGUACAUAUUGUAUGUCCAUGUGCAUUGCACAAAUAAAUGGGGAGAGAGAAAGGCGAAGGAGAACUAAG